AUGGUGUACAAUGGCAAACUGCAGAUUCACCUCGUCACGAAGAGAUACCAUGUCCCAAAAAGAAUGAAUCCGACAGGGGGUCCGAUGCGAAACAUAACAGAACCGACUACUUCCGUCCCAUUGUUUGGGUGGCGGAAAACUGUAAGUUGGAAACCAGGAUCGAAGCUAGAUAUAUAUGACUAUCUGAUCAAUCCUGUGGACAAGUGCAGGGCUGGGAAGGAUAAUAUCACUUUACUUGUCUUAAUCAAAUCCGCACCGGGAAACGGACACCUAAGAGAUGCUGCAAGGCAAACGUACAUAAGAGGAGCGGCGGAAGAGAAGUCUUCAGCCAGAAUCGUGUUCAUCAUAGGCGAAUCUGAAUCAGAGGGCGUGACGGAGAAUAUUCAAAAGGAGUCUGAAACACACGGGGAUAUCCUAAGAGUAGGCUUCCAUGAUAAUUACUACAACCUUACCAUCAAACUUAUUAUGGGGUUUAAAUGGGUACUCGAAUUUUGCGGCAACACUGGGUUCUUGUUGACGACGGAUGACGAUGUCGUAGUUGAUGUCCCGACCCUGGUCAAAGACCUCGACGCUAUACCGCCAAAGGACCGCUCUCGGUUCGUUCUUGGAAAAAGGGCAGAGGAUUAUAAACCUUGCCGCAACCACACUGGUGCUUCGGCUAAAUGGUAUGUACCGAAGGAAUUGUACUCAAACGAGACAUAUCCUACAUUUCCAUUGGGACAUGGGUAUGUUAUGUCACAUGAUGUUGUUGAGAAGCUUGUUCAAGUUUCCAGAGAAACCCCGACAAGGAUACCCUUUGACGACGUUUAUUGUGGUAUACUGUUGAAUAAGUUGGCCAUCGGAAUUCUUCACCGACCGCAGUGGUUUCGACGGCACCAUCCAAAAAGUCGAGAGAGGGAUUACUUAAGGAUUGAAGUGCCAGCGAAAGGAAUGAAAAAUGCUUGGAAAAGGUUUAGAAUUAACCACCAACAUUGAUUUUUUUGUAAUUUAUACUGAA